ACACUAUGUGCAGUUGGACCCUGUGACAGAUUCAUCGGAAAGAUAGCAAUAAUAACGGUGUUAUUAAUAUUAGUAUUGUUUCCUUGACUUUUAGUCUCGUUGGAGCUUCGAGUGGCGGCAGAACGUAAUUUUGUGCGAUGACGAAGGCGAAGCGUGAGGAAGAUGAGGAUGUUCUCGAUACAUAUUUUUCGGACAAUAAAGUUGCAAUUCCGGAAACUACAAAACCAGGUUUUAGUUUCCGGAAAUUAUGGGCAUUCACAGGUCCAGGCUUCCUGAUGUCUAUCGCCUACUUAGACCCCGGAAACAUCGAAUCAGAUUUGCAAUCAGGAACAGUAGCCAAAUACAAAUUACUGUGGCUGUUGCUUGGCGCUACAAUCAUGGGUCUAGUUAUGCAAACGCUUGCUACUAAAUUAGGUGUAGCAACAGGCUGUCAUCUUGCUGAGAUGUGUUACCGUCAAUACAAACGGGUACCACGAUUAAUAGUCUGGAUAAUGGUGGAAAUCGCAGUCAUUGGUUCCGACAUGCAGGAAGUAAUUGGCACUGGUAUUGCUAUAUACUUACUCUCAGCCAAAGCAAUCCCAAUUUGGGCUGGAUGUCUUAUCACAAUCAUUGACACCUUUACAUUUUUAUUCCUGGACAAAUACGGCUUACGAAAACUUGAAUUGUUUUUUGGUUUAUUGAUUUCCAUCAUGGCUGUCACCUUUGGUUACCAAUACGUGGAGGCAGCUCCAGAUCAAGGAGAGGUUAUGACUGGAAUGUUUGUACCGUGGUGUAAAGAUUGUAGUUCAGACGCACUUCUUCAAGCAGUCGGUGUUGUGGGAGCUGUAAUCAUGCCGCACAAUUUAUAUCUGCAUAGUGCGCUUGUAAAAUCAAGAGAUAUUGACAGAAAGCGACCGGAAAAGAUUCGCGAAGCAAACUUUUAUUAUCUUAUCGAGAGUAGUAUUGCACUAUUGUGCAGUUUUAUUAUCAACGUUUUUGUUGUCACUGUUUUCGGUUACGGAUUGUAUCAAACUACUAAUAACCAGUUAUUAGAACAAUGUGAUAAGAAUGAUAUUGACGCAUCAGAUGUAUUUCCGGCAAACGAUAAAUUCGUAGAAGCUGACCUUUAUAAAGGUGGAAUAUUCUUGGGAUGUACAUUCGGAGCAGCAUCUUUGUACAUCUGGGCGAUCGGUAUUCUCGCAGCUGGACAAAGCUCUACGAUGACUGGAACCUACGCCGGGCAGUUCGCGAUGGAAGGUUUUCUGAAUCUAAAAUGGGCCAGGUGGAAGCGAGUUCUUUUCACAAGGACCAUUGCGAUCAUUCCGACAUUUUGCACUGCAUUCUUCAGUGACAUCGAGGAUCUAACAGGAAUGAAUGACGUACUUAAUGCUGUUAUGAGCUUACAACUGCCCUUUGCAGUUAUUCCAACUAUAGCAUUCACGAGCAAUAAAAAUAUUAUGGGUGAAUUUGUUAAUGGAAUCGUGAUUAAAAUUGUUACAUUGCUAUUGGCAAUUGUGAUCAUUGGAAUUAACAUAUAUUUCGUAUCGUCAACUAUUACGGAAUUGGAAUUAUCAGCAGGACCUCUUGUUGGAGUUGCUAUUGGUGGUACUUUGUAUCUUUUAUUAUGUUUGUACCUGACUAUUCAUCUGAUUGCGUCGAUUUCGGAAACGGUCGCGCAGAAGCCAUUAAUCAAAAAGUAUUUCUUCAUCGAGCAUGAUCGACAACUAAGUUUAGAUCUUUAACUAAUUUAAUUAUACUAAUAUUAAUUAAUUCUAAGUUUUAACUAGUUCUAAGACUUUUACAUAUAACCUCCAAAUAUAUUUUUUUUCAAAUAA